GAAAUCUCGCUUUUUAUUGGGGACCGUGUACGCCCAGGCACACCUAGUCUGUCAAAUUGUGCGGUUGAGACAGGAGGGUUCUUUUUUUAUUACUCAAAUCCCGGCUAAAGCGUAUCAGUUUGGAGGAGCCGAACAGAGACAGAGAAGGAUUUGAAAGACUGAAAUAUCGCUACAUCUACGACUGCUCAACGGUUUGAAAACGAUAGUUAUCUUUCAUUGUGUUCCUCUCACUUUGAAAACUUUUGUAAUUAAAGCAGUAAUAGCUAGAUAUAAAUUAUAAUGGAUAAAACAGAGCUGAUUCAGAAGGCAAAGCUUGCUGAGCAGGCCGAGCGCUACGACGACAUGGCAGCUUCAAUGAAGGCGGUGACCGAGCAGGGCGCCGAGCUGUCCAACGAGGAGAGAAACCUUCUCUCUGUCGCUUAUAAAAACGUUGUAGGCGCCCGGAGAUCCGCCUGGAGGGUCAUUUCCAGCAUCGAACAGAAAACCGAAGGCGCUGAUAAGAAACUUCAGAUGGUGAAGGAAUACCGAGAGAAGGUGGAAGCCGAGUUGAGAGAGAUCUGCAAUGAUGUGCUGGGACUACUGGACAAAUACUUAAUCGCCAACUCUACCAACCCAGAAAGUAAAGUCUUCUACUUAAAGAUGAAGGGAGACUACUACAGAUACCUUGCUGAGGUUGCAGAAGGAGAUGCUAAGAAACAGACGAUAGAGAGCUCUCAAGGAGCUUAUCAAGAGGCAUUUGAGAUCAGCAAGAAAGACAUGCAGCCCACACAUCCGAUCCGUUUGGGUCUGGCCCUCAACUUCUCUGUAUUUUAUUAUGAGAUCCUCAAUUCUCCAGAGCAGGCCUGCACAUUGGCAAAAACUGCUUUCGAUGAAGCUAUUGCAGAGCUUGAUACACUGAACGAAGACUCGUACAAAGACAGUACCCUCAUCAUGCAGUUGCUUAGAGACAAUCUAACAUUAUGGACGUCCGACAAUGCAGCAGACGAAGGGGAUGCUGGAGAAGCUGGAGAAGGUGGCGAGAACUAAACUACACACGGGGUCACCUCCCAAAACAAACUUUUUUUACACGUCUCCAUUCCUUAUUGCUCCACUCAAAAUUCUUAUAGCAAUUAAAUCCCAUUUUAUUGAAUAGCUGUGUAUGGAAAUUCAACAAUUGUAAUCUUCUCACACUGCAGCUUGUGGGAGGGGACCUCCAUUCCUUGGUUUGUGUUGUUUGUCCUGGCCUUCCUGGUGUGCGGUUACUGCUUUAGAACAGUAAUAAUAGCUUAACUUUUAUAUAAACCUUAAGUAACUUCCAAAAAACAAGUAAAGGACUAAAGUGUCUCUGAUAUUAAAAGUAUGGAAUCCAGUCUUUAAGUGACAGUGGUUUGAAUUCUGGUCCUGUUUUAAUUAAGUUGUAGACUUUCAUGGAGGGGGGGUGGGGGAGAUACAAAUGAGACUUAAGGUAAUGUUGUCCCUUCAUAGCCUUUGCUGUACCCUUUGGAUUUCUGUAAGGAGCUAUGAGGCACAACCAUCAAAAUGACCCUGUGUAUUAUGCUGGCUUGUUUACAAGGCAACCUGUCUUUUCUGUUCCGUGCUGCUGUAGGGGCCAGUGUCUGCUUAAACUGGGGAGGCGACAAGCAUUUCACACCCAGGUGCUGUCAUUGGUUUCAAGCCUUCAUAAACACUCCUGCCUAGUUCUGAUUCCCUUCAAUGUGUAACAUUGCAGCAUGUCGGACUAAAAGGUGGCGCUUACUUAAGACAAAAAAAUGUCAACGUGCAUGUCCUUUUUAAGUACACUGGAAUGGAAUCAAUACUAUACACCAAGUCCAAGUAACCAAUUGGGUACUUUUUCAAUGCAGGGUUGUGCACAUGUACAAGGGUGUUUGGUCUGUCCAGUGAUUUGAUAUUAGAGAUUUGGACCACUGUUGUGUGUUGCUAAUCAUUGAUUGUAGUCCUCAAAAGCCUUGUGGAAAUAUGUUUAAUGACCUAUGUAACAACAUGAAAUAAAAUUACAUUUUAUAAACCAA